GGAAGCGGAGCGAGCAGCGGGAUGUGACAUGGCGUGCCGGGGGUGUGCGGGGCUGCUGUUGCUGCUGGGCCUCCUGCAGCUGCUGGGCUGCGCAGCUGCGUGUCCCUGCCAGGACCCGCGGCUCUGCCAGCCCAUCGCGGGCAGCGGCGGCUUCGAGGUCUUUGUGUUCGAUGUGGGGAAAGAAGCCUGGAAAUCCUAUGACUGGUCAAAAAUUACAACCGUGGCGGCUUUCGGGAAAUACGAUCCAGAGCUCCUGUGCUUUGCUCAUUCCAAAGGCGCCAGGGUAGUACUGAAAGGUGAUGUACCUCUUAAGGAAAUCGUUGACCCGGCUAAAAGAGCAGUGUGGAUAUCCCAGCAGGUGGACCUUGCCAAAAAACAAUAUAUGGAUGGAAUUAAUAUAGAUAUAGAGCAAGAAGUUAAUGAAACCUCUCCUGAGUAUUAUGCAUUAACAGAUCUUGUUAAAGAAACUACAGAUGCUUUUCACAAAGAAAUUCCAGGAUCACAGGUAACAUUUGACGUGGCCUGGUCUCCUGCGUGCAUCGAUAAGAGGUGCUACAACUACACUGGGAUUGCAGCUGCCUGUGAUUUCUUAUUUGUGAUGUCUUAUGAUGAGCAGAGCCAGAUCUGGACCGACUGUAUUGCAAAAGCCAAUGCUCCUUACCUUCAGACUUUAGUUGGGUAUGAAGAGUACAUUACUAUGGGCAUUGAUCCUAAGAAGCUUGUGAUGGGUGUCCCCUGGUAUGGCUAUGAUUAUGUGUGCCUAAACCUAUCCGAGGAUCAUGUUUGUUCCCUUUCUAAAGUACCAUUCCGUGGUGCCCCUUGCAGUGAUGCUGCAGGGCAUCAGGUGCCGUAUGGAGCGAUAAUGAAGCAGGUGAACAGUUCUAUUUCAGGAGCACUAUGGGAUGAGGUACAAAACUCUCCAUUUUAUGAAUACAAGGAUUCUCUUGGUCACUUCCACCAAGUAUGGUAUGAUGACCCUCACAGCAUCUCUCUAAAAGCAGCAUAUGUGAAGAAUCGAGGCCUAAGGGGCAUUGGCAUGUGGAAUGGAAACAGUCUUGACUAUUCCAGGGAAGCUGUAGCAGAAAAACAAACUGAAGCAAUGUGGCAAGCCCUGACACCAUAAAUUUCCCAGACUGGAGAAUUAAAGCUGAAUGAAUCUUCUUCUGUGUCAGUUCUGCUCUCAGUGCUCGUAAAUCUGCUAUUGCCUGCUUUCUCAUCUGCAGAAGAACCAGACAUUUAAGGAAUUGUAAUUUAAAGUAGUUUUUGGAAUUGAUGUGUUUGUAUAGCUAAGACUGACUGACUUUCGUGUGGGACGGCUGAAUACUGGAUACAUCUUUUAUCUUUAAAAUCUUACACGUCUAAUUAGAUAGACAGCUUUGUUUUAGCACUUGGCCGUGGUGUCUUUCUUUAACCAUGGAAUUCAUUGCUUUUUCUACUCCUUGUAAUACAAUGAAGGAAGCAUAUCCACCCUAGAUUACUCAGUGCCACAGACAAUCUCUGUGAUGCAGAGCACUGAGAUUUCAAGCGUUCAACACUGGACUGCUAUCCAAUAUGAAGGGCUCUACCAUCAUCUUCCUUUCUAAGGGAGCCAUAGGCAGCACUGAUAUGGAAUAAAGCAGUUGACAACAACUUGCAUUUGCCUGGAAAAUCAUUCUGCCUUUUUUUUUCUUUAUACCUCACCUAGUAUGUUUCUUCAAUUACUUCUUAUGAAAGAGAUUGCAACAUAGUACCUUGAAAGUGUAAGUAAGAGCUUUAAUGCCAAUUCCAAAAAUACAUCUACUAACCUCAUGCUCUGAAGUAAUUUGGCUCAAGUGCUAAGUUAUGAUAACUAAUACCAUAAGAAUAAGAAUACAAUAAGAACUUGAAAAUACCAACUGUUUAACUAAUAUUUAGAUCUUCUAAUGUUUGACAAGAUUUUAAUAGGUAGUAACAUUUUGACUGCUUUAAUUAAAAGGUAAAACAAAGGCAGAGUACCUUAAUUUCUAUUACGAGUUUCAUUUUUGUAUCAUCCAGCUUCCUUUUCAGUUGAUCAAGUUCAUGCUGCACUGUAGUAAUCUGGAUGAUUCUGUUAUUCUACAUGAAAAAACAAAACAAAACAAAACCCAAAAACUUUAAUGUAGUUCAGCAUUAAGGCUUCUCUUCAUUCCCUGAGUGCUACUUCACCCCUCAGAAACAAUCCUCUGGACUCUUUCCAGUUCUACUCUCUUCCAUCCUUCUGUGCUUCAAUGCAUGCUUGCUUGUCCAGGUCUGGAAGCAGUCUGCUUGCCAACAGAGGGCGGCUCUCCUCAGCAGCCAGUGGCCUUCCUCCCUUCUCCCUCUCAUUUCUCAGAUCAGAACUCCUCAGUAACAGCAUAUUGUUUUGCAGUUUAAGUUGUGCAUAUCUUAUAUAUAAAGGCUCCUUGUGCACAGCCCAAGAGCCUAAGAACUCUGACUCUCCAAAAAGGAGUCAGCAUACUUAGACAUAGCUUGUAAUAAAAAUGUAGUAUAAAAACUUCACAUUUCUAUGUUUUAGAUAUUUAUGUUACUGUGCAUUUAUAUACACUGUACAAUCAUAGAUUAUCUCCCACUUUUCAGACAAGCAUAAGAUACUCCAUGUACUUCGUACAGUUCAUAUAUUUUCCUAGUCCAGACUCAGAUUUGCAAAUAUACUUGCUUCUAUGAUGCAUUUAUGAAAUUAGCAGCUGUGACUAUUGAGAAGCACGUUUACCGUUUCGGGUUUUGUUGUUUUUUUUUUUUUGUAAUUCCUCUAUGAAUUUCCCCUAUUUCGACGUCAGCAGCACAACACAAAACUCACAGCUGCUCAACAGUCUAAGUGUAACCAUUUCAAAAACUUCAGAGAUGUCUCUUCUUCAAGCAUAAUUACAAUUCAUUACCUCUUCCCAUGAAAUUUUGGAUUAUAAGAGCAAUGCAGAACUGAACAACUCAAAGAUGGCACUGAACAAAAGGAUAUUCUGUCAUGAGACAGUGCUGUACAAACACAAAGCAGAAAGACUCAAAAGCUCAGAUUCAAGCCUUCAGCCUUUUCAACAAGAACAGGAUGGAGUAACUUCAUAGUGGCCACACCUCAGGUUACUGAGGAAUAUUUGACUGUUAUAGCUAGUUUAGAAGUCACUGGUUGACGAUGAAUUUGUUACUUUCAUUUAUAUUUUAUACAAGAAAGAGGUUGUGUCAAAAG